CCUGGUGAUCUGGGCACUUUCUCCUUCAUGUCACUGACCUGCCAGGAGCCGCUUUAGGACGUGGAUCCCAAAGGAGCAAGAGGGACCAGGAAGCGCUGCUGAUCCUCACAGACCCCUUUGCCUGCUGCUGCUCCACAGAGAACAGGGAGCUGCUGAGGAGCCACAUGGUCCAUCCCUGGAUUCUCCAAGCACUGACUGCCCAUCCACGCUGACCACAGCCAGGGGCCACAUCCCACUGCCUGCCCAGCAUCCAUCCAUGGAGGUGACCACCGUGUCUCCAUCUCCCGCCUCAACCACAAAAGGAGACAAUCUGUGUGAGACAGAUGUCACCACUGUGGCCAUACACAAUGUGACACUGCUCAUCUGCCUCUGUGGGCUGGCUGGGAACGGUGCUGUCAUCGGCCUCCUCAACCUGAAAAUCCCCAGCUAUGGCAUCUUUGACCUGGCUGUUGCCGAUUCCCUCUUCCUCCUCUUUGCGGUCCCCUCCGCCCUCGCCUUCCUGGUGGAGGACGUGUCCUGCUCUCCCAUCCUGCCCCUGCUGUACCUGCGUUUCCUUUUCCAGCUGUCUGUGGUCUCCUACUACUGGGGGCUGUUCCGGCUGAUGCUCAACAGCAAUGUGCAGUACGUGUACAAACUCUGGAAGCUCUGCUGGCAUUCCAACCUUCCUGAGCGACUGGUGUGGGUGGUGGAGAGUGUCCAAUAUUGGGCCUUCUUUGCUCUCUUUGCUGUCAUUCCUGCAGUGACAUUCCUGUGCCCAUCACACGAGCAGGAACACUGUCGACUGCCUCUCAUCUCCAUGUACACCAUCAUCCUGCUCCUCUUUGUUGCACCUAUAUUCUUUUCCAGCACAAUCGAUUUCAUUAAGGCCAAGCGGGGCUCCCAGCAGCAGCAACCCAAGAGGCGCGACAUCGUUAUCGUCCUCAUUCUGCUCCUCACCCUCCUCCUCAGUUUCUACAAUUUCCUGCAGCAGCUCGGUUACAUUGAUGUGCCCUCCCAGGUCAUUUUCCUGCUCACCUGCCUCCACAGCAGCAUCAAACCCUUCAUCUACUUCUUGGCAGGGAGGUGCAGGAGACCCUUCUCCGUAACGUCACUCUUGUUCUCCCUUCAGAGAAUCUUUGAGGAGCCAAAAGAAAAAACUGACCACAGUGAUGAUAACACCACAGACAAAGCAGUCUGAGCCUGUUGAUCCCUUCCACUGCUCUGCUGGAGGGCCCCAGGAGAGUGGCUGAGGGUUUCAUUGAGUCACGUGACCAAUAAAUAUCCACAGGAUCACCCUCUCCGUGGUGGUGUAUUCCUGCAGGAGCAUUGCCUUGGAUGAUUUUUUUGGCCUGCUGUGCAGGGAGCACAUUGGAGCAUGGAUUUCCUCCACCCUCCUGGAUCCACGAGGCUCCAAGCAGUGCAGCUGGGCUCAGUGCUGUUCCCCAGCUCUAUUCCCCAUGGAAUGACCCUCAUGGCCUCAGCCCCAGGGAAUGAACUCCAUCUCCUUUGGCUCAGCAGAUGAGUUUCAUGGUGCUUUCAGGGAGCUCUUGCCUGCAAAGCAUGGGACACCUUAAUCCCUGGGGACACACCCAGCAUGGGGUGGCAGUGAUUUCCCAAAUCCCUGCAGGUCUGGUGCCUCUGGAUGGCAGGUGAGGGGUUGGGAUCACAGGGAGCAUCUUUCAUUUUUUGGAAGUUUUUUUAAGCUUUGGAGUUUUUCUAGAACGAGUACUGUGUUCAUGUUGAAAGCUGUAAUGGUGAUCUCUGACCACUGCGGGGAGUCCAAGCCCGAAGCGCUGCACAAGCUCCGGGAGGGCGGGACGGAGGAGGAGCUGUGUUGGAAAAGCGGAACAUGUGGGGGAUGGAUUACCAGGGGAGUGGCUUAGCAAGCGGGUAGAAAGCCUUCUACGAUUUUGGGCAGUGUGCCUCUGGCCGUGCCUCUGGCUGCGAGUGGGCACCGAGCACUGUUCCUUUUACCUUGUCCCUUGUUAUAGUUUAAUAAACUUCUAAAAAUUUUCAGAAGCGAGGCGUCGUCUGUCACAAGAAAGAAAAAGACCACUUGAUUCAUAGGAAAAAAAAAACAAA